CCUUCCGCGUCGUGUUCAUUCUGUGGUUCCGCUGAUGAAACUACGUCUCAUUUUUUCUUCAGUUGUUCUCACAAAGCCGCGCUAUGGACAAUGGCUCUCUAUAAGUUCUUUCUUGGGUUAUCCUUCUCGCUUACUCAAAUUGAACAGUCAAUGCUAACCAUUGCAGUAUCUCAUAUAAGCACCACUCCCGAUACUCUCAGCCCAAUUGUCUCAAGCAUCUCGCUUUUAUCGCUGUUCGGCUGCACUCUUUAUGUAUUUUAUGAUACACAUUUCACUUGUCAAACGAUGCUUGCUUCUCUUGAACAAAUGGUAUUCCGCUUACACCAUGGAAACAGCUACAGUUUUGAUUAAGGAGUUUUAAUUCUCACUAAACACUACUCAUCAUUUGCAU